GAUUAGCUCCUGCGGCACGACCCGGGAGGGCGGACUCUUUCUUAACCCUCGCUGUCUCCCCCUCCCUUUUCCUUUUUAAAGGACGCCUUGCAAGCAGAGCUGUCAGCAACCGGGAGGCCGCUUGUACUUGGCCGCGGCCGGGCUGAUUCCUGCUCCCGUGACAGAUAGGGGCGGGGGCUGAGGGGCCGCUUGUCCGGGGACCCGCACGUGGGGAUCUCACAUUAUCCUUCCUGUGCGCUCCGCUCGGGGACCCGGCGACGGCCACAAGUCGGGGCGCCGUGCAGCCCUGGAGUUGCCAGCCCCGGGCGCGAUGGCUCCUUUGAGGAGUGGCGAGGGAGGUGGCCGCGGGUUCUGCGCGCCCCUCCUGCCAAGAGCAUUAUGAGCCGGGCAAAGGGCAGCAGCAGCAACCCCAGCAGCAGCCUCUGCCGGCGCCUCCCGCGGGCCCUCGCCAACUCGCCCCCGCGCACCAUGCCGAUCCCCGGCCUGCGGAGCCCGCGGCGCAGCCCCUGCCGCCUCCCCGGCCCCUGUUAACCCACGCGGGAGGCGGAACCGUGCUGCGCGCGGAGCCCCGGCUCAGCCCUUCGCUCUCCAGCUGCGUCCCCUUCCCGCCCGCCCAGGACGCCCAGCGGCGAUGGGGGCGCUGCUGGCGCUCUGCCUCCUCCUGGGCUGGCUGCGCUGGGGCCCGGCGGGCGCCCAGCAGUCCGGAGAGUACUGCCACGGCUGGGUGGACGUGCAGGGCAACUACCACGAGGGCUUCCAGUGCCCAGAGGACUUUGACACGCUGGACGCCACCAUCUGCUGCGGCUCCUGCGCGCUGCGCUAUUGCUGCGCCGCGGCCGACGCCAGGCUGGAGCAGGGCGGCUGCACCAACGACCGCAGCGAGCUGGAGCACCCGGGCAUCACGGCGCAACCUGUCUACGUUCCCUUCCUGAUCGUCGGCUCCAUCUUCGUUGCCUUCAUCAUCCUGGGCUCUUUAGUGGCUAUUUAUUGCUGUACCUGCUUGAGACCCAAGGAGCCCUCACAGCAGCCAAUCCGCUUCUCACUCCGCAGCUAUCAGACAGAGACCCUGCCCAUGAUCUUGACCUCCACGAGCCUCAGGGCGCCUUCCAGGCAGUCCAGCACGGCCACCAGCUCCAGCUCCACCGGGGGCUCCAUCCGCAGGUUCUCCUUUGCCAGGGCAGAGCCAGGCUGCCUGGUGCCCUCACCACCCCCGCCUUACACCACAGGCCACCCAAUCCACCUGACCCAGCCGUCUGGUUUCCUGGUGUCGCCCCAGUACUUCGCUUACCCACUCCAGCAGGAGCCCCCGCUGCCCGGGAAGAGCUGUCCGGACUUCAGUUCCAGUUGACAGGCCACGGUUAUGAGUCCACCAUGAAGUACAAUGGCAGACAGGUGGAGGGCUGCUGCCAUAGCCACAAGCAUUUCUGAGGAAAUUUCCCUUGAACCCAGCAACAUCAUGGAGGAAAGUGCUAGAAAAUACAGCGCCUUGUAAUCUUAAAGUUCUUGGCUCCACAGAAUGACUGUUAGGUAAUUGCUUUCUGGCUUGGAAAACGGUGACCGUUACAUUUCAAUUUAUGCUACUUUUAUUCAAAAUAUGCAGCUGUUCGACUUUAAAGUUACAAACUGGCUGAAGAUGUUUUAUUGGACAACUCUGCUAUACUGCUUAGAAAAGGGCCACGUGUUCUUUUUUUCAUUAUAAGUUGUUUAGUGAGUUAUAAUACAAGUAGAUACAUAAAUAAGCAAAGAAAAAUACCUGAUUUUCAUUAUCGAAGGUUCACUUAAAAAAUUAACUACUAAGUGAACUGAGGGCACAGUGCACAAUGUAUUUAUGAUUUUGGGAGCAACCUAACCAUGAAUAAUAUUAGCAUCACGAGAACAGGUACUUUUUAAAUUAAUAACUAAAUUUUGUUUAAACUAUAAGAGCAUUUUCAGAAUACGAGAUUUCAGCAACCACAUGAGGAGUUUAAAAUUUUACAUAUUUACUCAGAUGUCCAUCGUAACACAGAUCUCACGUGAAAGCAUUUCCCCAUCCACCCGAGGGAAUAUUUAUUGCAGACUUUUGUCCAGCAACAUUUAGUGUUUAAAUGAAGGUUGGACAGUUCGGUCUUAACAUUUAUUUGUAAAAUGAGUUAUGUAUAAAUGUAAAGAUUUGUAAUUUAAUGUAUUUACCACAUUGACAGUACUAAUUAUUUAGUAGUUACACUGUAAUUUUUAUGUUAAUAAUAACUGUGGAGUUUAAAAACCAGCUAUUGGUUAUAAGCAUCUAAUAUUACAUAUCUUAAGUGCCACUCAAUUCCAUGUCUGAUGACUACAUAUUUGGGCAUAUGUGCCGCCGGGUUAGAAUAAAUAAAAUACUUUAUGUUUUCGUGACAUCUAUUUGAAAUUUUAGAUCACAGUGCUUCAUUUUAUCUCUUUAAUGAUACUCUUUGAUAUUCAAUAAAAGGCAAUGUCUUUA